GAAAGCAUACAUCACAUCCAUAGCUAGCGCUCAAGUGGUGUGAGCGAAGCGAUGGGUUCAAGAAACCCGCCUCUCAGCCAUGAGAAGAAAGCCAACGACGAGCGUGUACUGCAAGAGCUCGUUGUGGCCAAGCGGCCCGAGCUGCUAAGGGCCGCAUGCUCCGGUAACUCAGAUUGGCUAAAGAAUUUUCUCAAAAAGGAAGACAGAGGAGCGGCGGUGGCCCGCGAACGCGAAGUUGCCAUUCAUUUGGAGACUCCCCGGCGGUCUACGUCGCAGGUCCCACCGAGAGCUGCCACCAAGGGGGCCUCUGCACUCCAUGUGGUGGCGGCCGGUGGGGACCAAUCAGGGUACUUGGAGAUGGCUAAGGUCAUCUCCAGCAAGUACAAGGAGCUGCUUGUCUCGUGCAACGAAGACGGAGAUACGCCGCUGCACUGUGCCGCGCGGGCUGGGAACGUUGCAAUGGUCUCCCUCCUUAUUGAGCUGGCUACCGGUGGCGACGAGAGGAAGACCAUGUUGAGGAUGCAGAACAAGCGCGGGGAGACGGCCCUGCACGAGGCGGUCCGCUUUGGCGACAGUACGGGUAUAUGUAUGGUCAAAGCAUUGAUGUCCGAGGACAAGGAGUUGGCCCGUGUGGUUGCCAAUGAUGGUACAUCGCCAUUGUACCUGGCCACCUCGCUGCAUCAUCGCUCUAUUGCUACUGAGUUGAUUGCUCAGGACAAGAAGCUGGCGUACUCCGGCCCACAUGGACAGAAUGCCUUACAUACUGCUGUUCUCCACAGCAAAAACAUGACAAAGGAGCUACUUCGAUGGAACAAAGACCUGACCAAAGAACUGGACAUCUCUGGAAGUACACCAAUGCACUUCGCUGCAUCAGCGGAUGAUCCUUCCCUCGAUUUUUUCCUUUUUGUUUUCAUGGCGAGGACCCUCGAAUUUUACUCCUACGGCAUCUACUUUGGCCCGGCAAAGUGCCUUGUCAAAUUCUACGGGUGGUUGAUGCUUCCACUCUACCAACUGGUGCAAUCUGAUCCGUCUUCAGCGUUUCAGCCCGACAUCGACGGGUUGUUUCCGUUGCACGUUGCUGCCUCGGCAGGCAAUCUGGUGGCUGUCAUCAUCUUGCUCACCGAGUGUGCUGGCUGCGCCGGCUUGCUCGAUUCUCAGGGGAGAACCUUCCUUCAUACUGCUGUUGAGAAGAAGAGAAGUACUAUCGUGAAAUUUGUGUGCAUGAGACCAGACUUUAAGUCCAUCCUGAAUGUCCAGGACAACCAAGGGAACACUGCCCUCCACCUAGCUGUUCUUGGAGGAGAUUUGUGCAUAUUCCAGGCUCUCAUGAAGAACCGAUAUGUUCGCCUGAACUUGCCAAAUGAAGAGGGAAACACCCCCAUGGAUCUUUCUGAGAGCAAAGCUCCUUCAGGAUUUUAUUUCGGGAUGCAUGCCCAGCGUAGGAUACUCGGUACGCUAACUUUUGCAAACGCUCAGAACGGCAACUGUCGGCGCGAUCGCUUUAAAGAAAAGCUCGUUCUCAAGCUAGACAAGGAUGGAGAGUCGAAGAAGAUAACGGAGUUUGCACAGAUUGUCGGCAUCUGCUCAGUGCUCGUCGCAACGGCGACAUUCGCGGCGGUUUUCACAAUGCCCGGCGGUUUCAGGAGCGACGAGAGCCGAGGUAAUCUCAAGCUCGCUGGCGCACCAAUGCCUGGUGGCCCCGAACUAACCGGCACCCCUAUCAUGGCCGGGAAAUAUGCUUUCGACGGGUUUGUCAUCGCCAACACAAUAGCAUUCAGCUGCUCGACCAUAGCCACCUUCAGUCUCGUCUACUGUGGUACAGCUGCUGUCGACAUAGAGAAACGAAUCAAGCUAGUCUCCUUCUCAUUGGCAUUGCUGAACGGAUCCGCGAGAAGCUUCUGUGCCGCCUUCGCAUUUGCCCUAUAUCUAUUGCUUUCUCCAGUGGCCCGCGCCACUGCCAUUGCGACCUGCGCCAUGACAGCUCUGGUGUUGCUCGAUGCACUUCGCUUUUUGUGGCUGCUAUUCGUUGACGCAGCUAUCGUCCUUAACAGAAAGGUAGGUGCGGCGCCAUUGCUCAAGUUCGGGACAGCAUUCAUAGUAAACAUGGUGUAUCUGUUCUGGCCCUACAUCGUACUCUUCGGCCUGUUGGGAAAUCAUGGAAACAGCAUUGCGCGCCCAUUGACUCAUCUGUUGGGGUACGUAUGAUUCAAGACGGCUGUGAUGGAUGCAUCUAAGGUUGUACCAAGAUUGUCCCUUAUAUAUUUUAUUUUCUGAAUAAUUUCUUUUCUACUUCGUUUCAAGUCUAAGCAUCUUUGUACCUGCCGCUCGGGUGUAAGCAUCUAAUAUACUUCUAUAUAGCUGUUGGCUUGUUUAUGUACAUUUAUUGUAAUAUUCCGAAAAUAUAAAAUUCUGAAGAAUA